CUGUACAAAAAGCUUUUCACAUACACAGUACUUGGUUUUUACACAUCCAACACAGUCACCUAACCAAGUAAAUUAUCUACACACACACACACACUUUACAAAAAGCAUCACCAAUCUUAAUACCUGCACUAUCUCUCUCUCUCUCCAUGGACUUUCCUACGAAACAAUGGAGAAACCAACAGCAUGAGUCAGAGAAACAACAUUCCACAAAGAUGCCAAAACUUCUUCACCCUGCUCAAUCUCAAUCCCAAUCCCAUUCCCAUCAACAAUCACCUGCACUUCCUUUGUUUCUACCUCAACCCAACACCAAAGUCACCAACUUGUCAGAUUCAGCAUUACCUUCCAACAACAGAUUUCCCAGAAUAGGAAUGGGAAGCCAUUUCAGCUUAUCUCAAUGGCAAGAACUUGAGUUACAAGCUUUGAUAUUUAGGUACAUGUUGGUUGGUGCUUCUGUUCCUCCUGAACUUCUUCAACCUAUCAAGAAAAGUCUUCUUCAUUCAUCUCCUUAUUUUCUUCAUCAUUAUCAACCUACAGCAUUGUUGCAAAGUGGGUAUUGGGGAAGAGGAGCAAUGGAUCCAGAGCCAGGUCGUUGCCGGAGAACAGACGGUAAAAAGUGGCGGUGUGCGAGGGAUGUGGUGGCUGGACAAAAGUACUGUGAAAGACACAUGCAUCGUGGUAGAAACCGUUCAAGAAAGCCUGUGGAACUUCCCACACCAACUAGUAAUGGCGGUGGAUCUUUCUCUGCUUUGUCUUCUAUUUCUUCACAGCCUCUUGUCACUUCCUCAUUCAAAUCUCCUUUUGAUCUUCACUUUACUGAACGCUCCACUGGGACCAAAAUUGAAGAGAAGAGCUUAUGUGAAAGCGAUGAUCAUGUGGGUGGGGAUGGAAGACCAGGUGGGCAAAUGCUAAGGCAUUUCUUUGACGAUUGGCCACGAUCACUGCAAGACUCUGACAAUGCUGAAAACAAUGGUGGGUCAUCCUCCACAUGUCUCUCAAUUUCAAUGCCAGGAAAUAACAACACUUCUUCUUCUUCUUCAGAUGUGUCAUUGAAAUUGUCCACUGGCUAUGGAGAAGAACCAUGUCCAAGAAAUGAGAAUGUGGGCCUAGUACAAACUGAGCAGCAACAACAACAACUUCAAUUGAAUUGGAUCGGAGGAUGGAAUUCAGGUAAUCAAGUGUCUUCAAUGGGAGGACCACUUGCUGAGGCACUUAGAUCAUCUACUUCAACUUCUUCACCUACUAGUGUUUUACAUCAAUUGCCACGUUGUUCUGGUUCUCAAACCAGCUACAUUAGCACCUAAGUUUAGUAAUUGGUGCUUUAAUUAACUUGUGUUGUUUUGGGGGUUAGUUUCCACUUUUGGAGAAAUGUUGGAGUUGGACCACGGACACGUUUUGUAUCAAUUUUUUGAACUAUGUUUGUUGACUUGUUGUUGGGAAGGAAAAUGAUAAUGGAUGGUCUUUAUUAAUCAACAUUUCAUUAUGAUUGUAAAUGAAAUUAAUUUCAUUCUCA